AUGAACCUGAGCUCCUAAGCUGAGUUCUCUCUCCUCUUUGAUUUCCAUAAACCUAGCUUUGGGAUUGAUCUUAUUACAUACUGCAUUAUCUCUCUCUUCUUUCAUCCAAAUCUCUUCUUUGAUUUCGCCACCCACUCGCGACUCACGAUUCCGAAGCGAUUCCUCUUCUCCUGCGACCACCGCUGGCGUCCCUUUCUCCACCGGCAUCCUUCCGGAACGGGUUCGUCCACUUCGAUCUAUAUCGUCUUCCUUCAAGUGCAUGGAUUCUCAUUUAAAGGGGGCGAAUUGGAGCAGUGGUAAAACUAUUCUUUCAUGACUGAAAGGUCAUGGUUUCGAAUCUAGGAAACAGCUUUUUUGCAAUUAUGCAAAGGUGAACCCUAAUACCAAAUAUUCCAAGAUUUAUCAUUCACUCCGUCCCACUCCCUCGCAUUCACGUGUUCACUUUGCUCGUUCAAUGCCUCGCAGAUUCGAAGCUUCUUGCAGUGCUCGACCUUGUUAGUGAUUGAUUUUCUAAUUUGUCAUCCACUUCAUCACAAGGGCGAUCAUUGUUUGGCUAGACAUGCUGUUUUGGCGAGGAUUGUGAGAGUAAGCAGAGAGCAAGAGAGCUUUUCAUAUCUAAGGAUUAAAAAAGCAUACCAAGAGGAAUAAAGCGAAAUAUCUCUUUAAUCUCCUUGGAUUUGAGAAAGCGGGGGGCGGUGAGAAUCGAACUCGUGACCUCGUGGUCACUGAAGCUCUGAUACCAUGUAAAUGAAGAAAAGGUGAUCCGCUGUGUGAUAAUGGGGAAGCAAUCUGAGAUUGAGAGUGGGAGAGCAAAACCUAUAACGGGAACAAGGAAGAAGAAAACUGAGUUUGAGUUCUGCAAGGUCUGCAAUAUAAAUCAUGACCAAGGUCUCCGACACAAGUACUUCCCAAACCACAAGAAAUCCCUCUCUGCCUUCCUCUCUCGCUUCCAAAACAAACUCUGCGAUGCACGCUUCUUUCUGAACACCCCUAGCCCUCUCCGUUCCCAACUUUCUUCUCGCAAUCGCUUGUGGUGUGUUUUCUGUGACCAAGAUAUCCAAGAGCUCUCUAGUUCCUUUGCCUGUGCUAAUGUGAUUCGUCACCUAGCAAGUGUUGAACACGUGAAGAAUUUGAAGCACUUCUUCUGGAAAUAUGGUGGUGCCAUGGAUCAGUUGGACACGUUUAAGGUUUCUGAUGAUGAUUUAGCUAAGUGGGAAAAGAGGUGCAUGGCCCUAAAACCUGAACCUGUGGUGUCGAGUGGGCAAUGUUGCAGAGCAGUGUUUGGAACUUCAAGUGAUAUCCAUAAUCAACUCAACAAUGGAAAUAUUGAUAGUUUUGAUAAUGUUUAUUCUCAUUCUUUAAAAUCAUAUCCUUCAACUGGUGUUUUGCCUUUACAAUGCUAUACGAAUGAGUAUCAGGUGUCCUGUUCAGGACAAUCUGGAGUCAGCAAUACUGGCCUGUUAGAUAUUGAUACCUCUUCUUUACCUUCGGAAGCAUGCUCUGGUACAAAUCCUUUUGCUUUGCAGGAUUUUGCAGUUGAAAGAAGCCAUUCCCUCCCUUGUAAUGAAAGACAAUGGUCAGGUGAUGGUUACUCUUUUAAUAAAGGGGUGCGUGACAAUGGUAGAAUGGUAAGCCAAGUGAGCAGCCAUAAGGGUCCACAGAUGCUCAGCCGAAUCUCUUCUCUGCCUACUGGAAAUGCUGGUGGAAAUGUUCAUUCUGGAGCACCUCCACCAUGGUUUGAAGCAACUGAGGGAGUUCAGAUAUAUUCUGAGCCUGUCUCAGUAGACCUUGUCUCCCACUCAAACAAGUCAGAGAAGUCCAAAAAGUUGAAUCCAAAACGGGUGGGAGCAGCUUGGGCGGAAAAGAGAAAGAUUGAAAUGGAGAUGGAAACGAGGGGAGAGACUGUGAGGAAUGAGUUUGAUGCCAACUGGCUUCCUAAUUUUGGUAGAGUCUGGCAAUCUGGUAGCAGAAAAGAAUCGAGAAAAGAAUUUGAGAGGGAGAAACGAAAGUUAGUAAAUGUUGAAACUCAAUCUGAGAUGCCAAUCAAGAUACAGCCUUAUGUUAGCAAAAGAAUGCGGAUGGAUAGUUGUGGUGAUUAUGCAAGUGGGUGAAAUUUCUGGUGGCAAACAUGUUCAGGGAGUCUACACUACUGUAUAUAACGCAUUUCAGCAUCGUUUAUAUUGGAGGCUGACGAAUUAACACAAUGAAACAUGGUGCGUUCAUGUCAAUCUUUGAAAAAAAUACUGCAGUCAUUGUGCAGUAUUGACCCACAAUAAUAGUUAAGUGUAAUAUUACAUGAACUGAUCAAGGAGUGAUGGCUGUUACCCUACAAUGAUUGUGGUCAUAUUAAUCUUACUGCAUUUCAUGUGCCAUGUGACUUGAAUCCUUAUUAUGGUUGGUCUGCCUAAUUUUUGUGCAGUUCUGGGUGUUUGAUUUUUUUUUUUCCAACCAGCUUCAUUUUGAACGUAGGGUUGGCUGCGAUUGACAUUUAGAUAGGCGUUGCUUUGCAAUAUGUUGGUCUCGUCCAUGGGAAUAGGACAACUUAUUCAUAGUAGUACAGAAUACUUAGAUUAUUCGCACGAGAUCUAUAUUCUGUAUUUUGCUGAUAAUUUGUUUUAAAUAACGUGUCAGCACGAAUGUUAUUUUUGUGAAUAUUUGAGUCUCAACUCAAAAGAAAGGUACC